AUGUGGGCCGCCGAAAACUACGCGCCGGGUCUGAUAGCGAUCAGCGAGAGCGCCGGCGAGAACCCGCUGCAGAGCCAGCGGCCGAAAUGGCGCCGCCUGUGCCGCUACCUGGGCGUGCUGGCGUUCCUCUCGGUGCUAGGCAUCGGGCUGUGCUUCGCCAUCGCGCUCACUGUGGCGCAGCCGCCCGGUCACGCCUCGUGGGAGUACCUGCUCAUCUCGAGCCCCAUCGUGAUUCCCGGCCUCCUGGCGCUCUACCUGUGCACUCGCCGGUGCUGCGGACUCAUCCUCAACCUGGUGUUCGCCUUCCUCGCGCUCCUCUGCGGCGCCGUGCUCGUGGCCACCGAGACGCUCGCCUCCAUCGGCAUCAUGCUCACCAUCGUGGGAGGAGCGGCCGGCGGCAAACGAGCCCGGCAUGUGACGAUGUGGGCGGCCGAAAACUACGCGCCGGGUCUGAUAGCGAUCAGCGAGAGCGCCGGCGAGAACCCGCUGCAGAGCCAGCGGCCGAAAUGGCGCCGCCUGUGCCGCUACCUGGGCGUGCUCGCGUUCCUCUCGGUGCUGGGCAUCGGGCUGUGCUUCGCCAUCGCGCUCACCGUGGCGCAGCCGCCCGGUCACGCCUCGUGGGAGUACCUGCUCAUCUCGAGCCCCAUCGUGAUUCCCGGCCUCCUGGCGCUCUACCUGUGCACUCGCCGGUGCUGCGGACUCAUCCUCAACCUGGUGUUCGCCUUCCUCGCGCUCCUCUGCGGCGCCGUGCUCGUGGCCACCGAGACGCUCGCCUCCAUCGGCAUCAUGCUCACCAUCGUGGGAGGGCUCAUACUUGUCGUGAUCCUGGUGACGCUCGUGUACGACCGAGUCACCGGCCGCUCGUACGAUGACGACGAUGACUACGAGGAUGGCGAGCUGGGCGUCGGCGUCGCGUCACGGGCAGCAUACGCAACCGCAGCCUUCGGCGCCGCGCAGGUGACCUGCUCUUCGGGGACGACGUCUCCCAGAGGGCGUACCCCAACUGCGCACCGCUGCGGCGUAGCUUCCGGCUCGCCUCGCAAAAGAAGAAGCAGCCACCCGCCCACCCAGGUGCAGUUCAUCGUGCCAGAGCUGCCUCCGCCUUCGUCGGGCUUGCAUUCGCGCAACAGUCCCGAACACGGCGUGCACACACACGGGUCCUCGACCGCCGCCGCGGGAGGCGAGUGCCCUGCGACGCCUGAUGGCAUGCCGCGCGGCCAUCAUGAAGCAAGCGUCGCCAGUACCAGCGGGAGGCCCGGCGGAGCCUGCGAAACCGCACACGUCUGUCCGCACGCCCCGUCGCCGCAGCCCCAACUCGCGGCCAAUGGUGAACAGCACAGCUCCUGAGGAUUGUGAGCCAAUGUGCGGACAUUGAGACACUCGGUUCAGCGGCGGUGAAAACACACAGCGUUCAUCGAUUCUCAACUCUUACAAAACUCUACCAGCCUUCGCGCAGGACUGUGGCGAAUUUCAGGGUCUUCUCUUAUUAAGCAAGCUCUUGUAGCUCUUUCCCCGCGUGGGUGGAGCAAAAGUGUUCGUGAAUAUUCGCUGUUGAUGUUACGGACUGAUCACUGUCUGGGGUCGCCCUGUUCGCUCUUUUUUUUUCCUUAAUGCGACACAGGCCUUGGCUGAUAGAUAGAACUGUAUGGCUGGUACAGAUCUUAAAGCAAAUUUAUCUGAUGAGUAGCACAGCCACAGAGAGACAAGCCGACUGCUGGUCGUGUUGGAGUGACGUUUGGAGCGCUGAAAUCGUGCUUAUAGACCCCACCGUGGAUCACUUGUACCAAGGUUGUUGGUAAAGGUAUAACUUGUACCAAGGU